GUAGGUAAACGUGCCAAAUAUGAAACUUCUGUGCGUGAUAGUUUUAAUUGCAUCAAUCGCUUAUACGAUAGAUGCAAUCUCAUCAAACCAUCUUGGAAUUAUUGAAGGCACUACGAUCUUACCACAUUGGGCACCUUACUUAGUGGCGCUGGUCAUCAACGGAUCUAUAAAUGCAAGAUGUGGUGGUUCACUUAUAACUGAAAAUUACGUUUUAACAGCUGCUCAAUGUCUUAAAUAUUCUCAAAAAGUCCAGGUCAUACUUGGUGCCGACGUUAUCACCGAUGCAUCUGAAAACACUCGCGUUUCUUUUGACGUUACAAAAGAUUCCUAUAUAAUUCAUGAAAAAUUCGAUGAGGGCACAUUAGAGAACGAUAUUGCUCUCAUACAACUUCCAAGUUUGGCUAUUACUCAGAACGAUUACAUAAAAACGAUUCCCGUGGUUAAGGAAGGAGAGAUGGAUUUAAUAGGUCAAGAGGUCGUGACAUUAGGAUGGGGUACAGUCACAGGCAUCGAGCCGUUCGUCUACUCGGAUGUCCCGAUGGCCGUAUGGAUAAACGUCACGAAGAACCAAGGUAGCGAAUGUAGCGACCUAUACGGUGAUAAAAUCAAAGACACCAAUAUCUGUUGUACACAUACUAACAGCUGGGAUGGUCCCAGUUUGAAUCUAUGCAAUGGCGAUUUUGGAGGUCCUUUGGUCAUCAACUACGAAAAGCUCGUUGGUAUCGCCAGUUUCAGUUCCAUACCGUGCACCAUGGCGUGGCCCAAUGUUUUUACUGACUUGUCCAAGUAUACCAGUUGGCUUCUUGACAAUUCUGAUAUAAAGUUUGAUUGAAAGAUUAUUAAUACCUGAAUACAUUUUUGUUUUUAUUAUUUUGUAUUUUUUGAAUGAUGAUUAGCCUUCGGUAUCUAAAUGGUACCUACAUAAUGACCAAUUGAUUUUUUAGUGGUAUAAUUAGUAAGUCAUUAAAGAACUUAGGAUGGACAAACCUUUAUUUUUUGCAAACCCUCGUAAAGUAUUUUGAAAAAAAAAAAAUAUGCACCAUUCUGUAUUAAAUCUAUCAAAAAUUGCUGCUU